AAGAAUCUAAUUAAAUAAUUAAUGGAGAGCCCUAACCAAGAAACAUCAAGUCACAUAAGAAAUUGUUUUAAUGCUAAGUUUGAACAUUUUAAGACUAAUGUUGGUGAUAUUUCGAAGUUAACUAAGCAACUUGCUAAAGAUGAUUCUAGGAGAAUUGUUCACUCCAUCAAAGUUGGGUUUGCCAUCACAUUGAUCUCACUCUUCUACUACUUUGAUCCUUUCUACAACGGCUUGGGUGUCGAUGCAAUGUGGGCCGUUCUCACCGUGGUGGUUGUCUUCGAGUUCUCUGUUGGUGCAACGCUAGGGAAAGGGGUGAAUAGAGUGGUUGCAACAGUUCUAGGGGGAUUUUCAGCAGUUGGAGCUCACAAAUUAUCCAGUCUUCCUGAGGAGAAACUGCCUAAGCUAGAGCCUCUUUUCCUUGGACUUUCCGUCUUUUUAACAGGUAAAUAA